GCGCCCGCCCCCUCCCGUAAAGCGUUUACAUCACAUAUCAACACAAUGGCGGACACAGUUAUCCAGCCCAAGCAAGAGGAGGUCAAUGCCGGUUGUUUUCUGCUGAAGCACGUCGCGCUCUUCGGCGGAGGGGUCGCUCGACGCGCGAAGCGCCCAACACCCUUGCAGCAUUCUGAACAUGACGGCUGACAAAUCUCGCGAUAGAAACAUGGAGCUCAAGGACAACACCAUCAUUGUUGUUUUGGGCGCCUCCGGUGACCUAGCCAAGAAGAAGACUUUCCCAGCGCUCUUCGGUCUCCACCGAAAUGGCUUCCUCCCAAACAACAUCCACAUCGUCGGAUAUGCACGCACGAAGAUGGACCGUGAGGAGUACCUCAAGCGCGUCAAGUCUUACAUCAAGACCCCCACAAAGGAAUUGGAGAAGCAGCUAGAUGAGUUCUGCGAGUUCUGCUCGUACGUUUCGGGCCAGUAUGACCAGGAUGAGUCUUUUGUUGGACUCGAGAAGCACAUGCAGGAGAUUGAGAAGGGUCGCAAGGAGAACAACAGGAUAUUCUACAUGGCUCUCCCUCCCAGCGUCUUCAUCACAGUGUCCCAGCACUUGAAGCGCAACUGCUACCCCAAGAACGGCAUUUCUCGUGUUAUUGUCGAGAAGCCCUUCGGCAAGGACCUCCCAAGUUCGAGAGAGCUCCAGCGUGCAUUGGCGCCAGACUGGACUGAGGACGAGCUUUACCGUAUUGACCACUACCUGGGUAAGGAGAUGGUCAAGAACAUCCUGAUUCUCCGGUUCGGUAACGAGUUCUUCGGCGCAACUUGGAACAGGAACCACAUCGACAACGUCCAGAUCACCUUCAAGGAGCCGUUCGGAACCGAAGGCCGUGGAGGUUACUUCGACGAGUUCGGCAUCAUUCGUGAUGUUAUGCAAAACCACUUGCUCCAAGUUCUUACUCUCCUCGCUAUGGAGCGACCCAUCUCCUUCUCUGCCGAAGACAUCCGUGACGAAAAGGUCCGCGUCCUCCGUGGUAUGGCCUCUAUCGAGCCCAAGAACGUCAUCAUUGGACAGUAUGGAAAGUCGCUGGACGGCCAGAAGCCAGGCUACAAGGAGGAUGACACAGUCCCCAAGGACUCGCGAUGCCCCACUUUCGCAUCUAUGGUCGCUUACAUCAAGAACGAGCGAUGGGACGGUGUACCCUUCAUCCUGAAGGCAGGAAAGGCUCUCAACGAGCAGAAGACCGAGGUCCGCAUCCAGUUCAAGGAUGUCACCUCUGGAAUCUUCAAGGACAUUCCACGAAACGAGCUCGUCAUCCGAGUGCAGCCCAACGAGAGUGUUUACAUUAAGAUGAACUCCAAGCUGCCCGGUCUCAGCAUGCAGACUGUCGUCACAGAACUCGACCUUACCUACAGGCGGCGAUUCUCCGACCUGAAGAUUCCCGAGGCAUACGAAUCGCUCAUUCUCGACGCACUAAAGGGCGACCACUCCAACUUCGUCCGUGACGACGAACUCGACGCCAGCUGGAGAAUCUUCACACCUCUCCUGCACUACCUCGACGACAACAAGGAGAUCAUCCCCAUGGAGUACCCAUACGGCUCCCGUGGCCCUGCCGUUUUGGACGAUUUCACCUCUUCUUACGGAUACAAGUUCAGCGACGCAGCAGGAUACCAAUGGCCCAUGAACGAGCAAAAGUUGUAGGUGGCUGCUCUACACUUUACGAUUGCCUGUGGUAAGGUAUGCUCGGGAUCACAGUGAAUAUGAGUU